GGAAAGUAGACUGAGAAGAAGGAACAACUCCCAACUGUUUGUGUUGGUGUAUAAGCGAAAGGCUACCGUACAUCACCAUUCAUUUCAACAUUUUAAUGUAAAGAUGGGGGCUUGUCUGGCAUUGUGCUCUUUAGCCAGCUGUGCCUCCUGUCUGUGUGGCUCAGCACCAUGCCUUCUGUGUGGCUGCUGUCCCUCCUCCAAUAACUCCACCAUCACACGGCUGGUUUUCUCCUUCUUUUUGCUGCUGGGGACACUGGUGUCUGUCAUCAUGAUCCUUCCUGGGAUGGAGACACAACUCCGUAAAAUCCCCGGAUUUUGCCAAGGAGGAAGUGCUAUACCUGGUUACGAAAACCAGGUUAAUUGUGAUGUCAUUGUGGGCUACAAGUCUGUGUACCGCAUGUGCUUCGCCAUGACUUGCUUCUUCUUUCUGUUCUUUGCCAUCAUGAUUCGUGUACGUAGCAGCAAAGACCCUCGUGCAGCUAUUCAAAAUGGGUUCUGGUUCUUUAAAUUUCUGAUCCUGAUUGGGAUUACAGUGGGAGCUUUCUUCAUUCCUGAUGGCACCUUUAAUACCGUGUGGUUUUACUUUGGAGUGGUGGGAUCCUUCAUCUUCAUCCUAAUCCAACUUAUUCUUCUCAUCGACUUUGCCCAUUCCUGGAACAAGGUGUGGGUAGGAAAUGCUGAAAAUGGUGACAACAAAUGCUGGUUUGCAGGCCUGCUGUCUUUCACCGUCCUCCACUAUGCUCUGGCUAUCACUGCUGUGGUGCUUUUCUAUGUUUACUACACACAGCCUGAUGACUGCACAACGCACAAGGUCUUCAUCAGCCUUAACCUUAUCUUGUGCAUUAUCAUCUCUGUUGUCUCCAUCCUGCCCAAGAUACAGGAAGCUCAGCCAUACUCUGGUUUGCUCCAGGCUUCACUCAUCUCCCUCUACACCAUGUAUGUCACUUGGUCUGCAAUGACCAACAAUCCAAAUCGCAAGUGUAACCCCAGCCUGUUGAGUCUCGUGUCAAACGUCAGCACCACUGAACCAUCUGCUGACGGCACUCCAGGACAGGUGCAGUGGUGGGACGCUCAGGGCAUUGUUGGUUUGAUCAUUUUCCUCUUCUGCACUCUCUAUGCCAGUAUCCGUUCGUCCAGUAACACCCAGGUAAACAAGCUGAUGCAGACAGAGGAGGGCGGAGGUUCAGGUGGAGAGGGUGUGGUGGGAGAGGACGGCAUACGCAGAGCCGUGGACAAUGAGGAGGAGAAAGUCUCUUACAGCUACUCCUUUUUCCACUUCCACCUCUGUCUGGCCUCUCUGUACAUCAUGAUGACUCUUACCAACUGGUACCAACCAGAUACCACUACCCAGGCCAUGCAGAGCUGUAUGCCAGCUGUGUGGGUGAAGAUGACCUCCAGCUGGCUGGGCCUGGGGCUCUACCUCUGGACCCUCAUCGCCCCUCUCAUCUUCCCUGACAGGGAUUUCAACUGAGUACGCCUUGUCCUCUAGCUGUAAUUGGGUGUUUUGUUUGCUCGGCGAGUGCAUUGGGCAGUGUGAGGGAUGCUAUGAAGGAAACGGUAAGGAUGUUAUAAAGAACAUUUUUGCGUUUCCUCUUUCAAGUAAUUGCCUCUGCAUUUUUUGUGAUGUGUUUUACUUCUCAAAGUACUGGUUGAUUAUUUAGUGUGUAAGUCACUAAAGAUAUUUGAAGUUGUUUUCUUUACCAACGCCUCACCUUCUUUGAUGACUCCCUACCUUCCACGUGUAGUCCGACCUAUCACAAAGACUCAACAACAAGGCACUUUCUCGAUACCGCUGACAUUUCAGAAACAGAUUCCGUUGUAAGGGCCUGUGAGAUUGGACUUCUCUGAUUGGACAGGUCUGGAAUCCCCGAUUAGCUGGACUCUUUAAGUGCUGGGGGCAACGAGGGGAACCCUCCUUCUGAGCCCCGAGUGUUAGCGUUAGAUAAGACUAAUAUGACACGCCCUACAGUUCAUAACAGGGCUUCCCUUUUGCUGCAAGACUGUAUGCAAAUUCCACGUCAUUACAUCUUGUGCCAGAGAGU